UCUCCUUAGGAAAAUGCUUGCCAAUUCAGCCAGUGUAAGAAUUCUCAUCAAAGGAGGCAAGGUAGUAAAUGAUGACUGCACCCAUGAGGCUGACGUCUAUAUUGAAAACGGCAUCAUUCAGCAGGUGGGAAGAGAACUCAUGAUACCAGGAGGAGCCAAGGUGAUAGAUGCAACUGGAAAAUUGGUGAUUCCUGGGGGCAUAGAUACCAGCACUCAUUUCCACCAGACCUUUAUGAAUGCUACCUGUGUGGAUGAUUUUUACCAUGGAACGAAGGCAGCACUGGUAGGAGGAACAACCAUGAUUAUAGGCCAUGUUCUACCUGACAAAGAUACUUCCCUCCUGGAUGCCUAUGAGAAGUGCAGGAACUUAGCAGACCCCAAAGUGUGUUGUGACUACUCACUCCACAUGGGAAUCACCUGGUGGUCCCCAAAGGUAAAAGCUGAAAUGGAGAUUCUUGUGAGAGAGAAGGGUGUCAACUCAUUCCAGAUGUUUAUGACCUACAAAGACUUAUAUAUGCUUCGAGAUAGUGAAUUAUAUCAAGUGUUCUGUGCUUGCAAGGAUAUUGGUGCAAUAGCCCGAGUCCAUGCUGAAAAUGGAGAACUUGUGGCAGAGGGUGCCAGAGAGGCACUAGAUUUGGGAAUCACUGGACCAGAAGGAAUAGAGAUCAGCCGUCCAGAGGAGCUGGAAGCAGAAGCUACCCACCGAGUUAUCACUAUUGCUAACAGGACUCAUUGUCCGGUUUACCUGGUCAACGUUUCCAGUAUCUCUGCCGGAGACGUCAUUGCUGCUUCUAAGAUGCAAGGUAAAGUUGUCUAUGCAGAGACCACCACCGCACAUGCCACUUUGACAGGCUUACACUAUUACCAUCAGGACUGGUCCCAUGCAGCUGCUUAUGUCACAGUGCCCCCUCUGAGGCUGGACACCAAUACUUCCACCUACCUCAUGAGUCUGCUAGCCAAUGAUACUCUGAACAUUGUAGCUUCUGACCAUCGGCCCUUCACCACAAAACAGAAGGCAAUGGGCAAGGAAGAUUUCACUAAGAUCCCUCAUGGAGUGAGUGGAGUACAAGAUCGUAUGAGUAUCAUCUGGGAGAGAGGCGUGGUGGGAGGAAAGAUGGAUGAAAACCGUUUUGUGGCAGUGACUAGUUCAAAUGCAGCCAAGAUUCACAACCUGUAUCCCCGCAAGGGCCGCAUCAUCCCUGGAGCUGAUGCUGAUGUGGUUGUGUGGGACCCAGAAGCUACAAAGACUAUAUCAGCUAGCACUCAAGUACAAGGAGGAGACAUAAAUUUAUAUGAAAAUAUGCGCUGCCAUGGAGUACCCUUGGUCACUAUCAGCAGAGGACGCGUCGUGUAUGAAAAUGGAGUCUUUAUGUGUGCUGAGGGCACAGGCAAGUUCUGCCCACUUCGAUCCUUCCCAGAUUCUGUGUAUAAGAAGCUGGUCCAGAGAGAGAAGAGCUUAAAGGUUAAGGGAGUGGACCGUACUCCCUACCUAGGGGAUGUAGCUGUGGUUGUGCAUGCUGGGAAAAAAGAGAUGGGAACUCCACUUGCAGACACUCCCACCCGGCCAGUCACUCGACAUGGGGGCAUGAGGGACCUUCACGAGUCCAGCUUCAGCCUAUCUGGUUCUCAAAUCGAUGAUCAUGUUCCAAAGCGAGCUUCGGCUCGGAUUCUCGCUCCCCCCGGAGGCAGGUCGAGCGGCAUUUGGUAA